AUUAAAGUGAAGAUCUCACCAGAUUUUUCAUUAAAUAGAAAUUAGUGAGAUCUCACAAGAUUUCAACCUAUUGUUAUAAACCACAUCCUUCUUACUACUCAUAGUAAAGUAAAUUGUAAGAAGGAAAAAAAUGGAAGAUAGAGAGGAGAACAAACACGAACGACUGAAGCAGCAGUUGAAGGAGCUUGAGAAAGAAUGGACUGACAUGAAAACAGGUAAAAAAAACUCAUCUGCUGUUUCAUGGAUCACCGUAGAAAAAGCUGUUGAGUUUGUCGAAAACUCUCCAAGGAAACUAAUGCUCUCACUCCAGCACGAACCAGAGGCAGAGAUGAUACAAGUAGGAUCACGCUUAAGAAGAAAACUCUUUCACGAUUCUGAUGAUGAUGAUGAUGGUCAAACCAAGAAGGCGACAUCGUUUUCUCAUUCAUCUUGUUGGUCUUCCAAUGUGAAGAGAGCGAGUGAUACUACGAAAUCGAAAAAGAAGACGACGAUCGGAAGGAUUGUCUCUGUUACUAUGGUGCUGCUUUUGUUAUGUGUUUUGUUUGUGUUGAUGAACGGAUUUGAUCAUUUUUCCAUGAAUACACAUAUCAAUAAUUUGGUUCCUACUUAAUACUAUACUAUUUUUUCUUUUUCGUUUGAGAAUGUUCAUCAAACUCAAUAAAGAAAAAAAAGGUCUUCUAUAGACAUCUCUUUUUA